AUGUUCCGCACCGCUCCUCGUCUGGCUGGGUUCGUGUUCCGUGAGAACCGUGUCCCUUACUACCAGCGCCUUUUCCAGCAGCACGACGGCAAGCGCCAGUGGUGGAAGACUGAGCGCAGUGGUUACCUCAUGUGGCCCUACCUCAUCUCCGUCUACGGCAUGGGCAUCGCUACCACCUACGCUAUGGGUCGUAUGGUCUUUGGCCACAAGACCUGGUUCGGCAAGGCGUAA